AUGAAUAUUUUAGCUCCACAAUUAAAAGGACAUGAAGCUAUUCCGCUUCCUGACUGGAUGCAAGAAGAAACUACUGGAACUACAAUUAUGGCAGUGGAGUAUGACGGGGGGGUAGUAAUUGGUGGAGAUUCAAGAACAACUACUGGAGGUUAUGUAGCAAAUAGGUUUACUGAUAAACUAACAAAAAUCACUGAUAGAAUUUAUUGCUGCAGAUCAGGAUCGGCCGCUGAUACUCAAGCCAUUGCAGAUAUCGUUGAAUACCAUAUGAAUUUGCAAAAUAUUGAGCUAGGGUCUGAAUCUCUAGUUAGCACUGCUGCAAAUGUAUUUAAAGAAAUUUGCUACAGUUAUAGAGAUUCACUUACUGCUGGAAUUAUAGUCGCAGGUUAUGAUUCACUGUAUGGAGGACAAGUUUAUUGCAUUCCAAUCGGUGGUAUGCUUCAAAGGCAAAAUGUCGCAACUGGUGGAUCCGGAAGUACAUAUGUUUAUGGUUAUGUCGAUUCUCAUUACAAACCUAAUAUGAGCAAAGAAGAAAGUGUCAACUUUGUAACCAACACUGUGGCUUUGGCCAUGAUGAGAGACAGCUCAAGUGGCGGUGUCAUUCGUCUUGGUAUAAUAGAUGAAAAUGGAAUAGAAAGAAGAUUGAUUAAGGGUGAAGAUAUUCCCAAAUUUUACGAAGGAUAA